AUGAACUCGUGGCUCCUACUCUGCCUGGUGGUGGCCAGCUUUGCGGGCAUCUGGUGUCCUACUGUCCGCGCUCAAGCCCCUGUGAGCGGGCCCCCUAUCACGGGACCCAAGAGAUGUGAGCCUGCGGUCACGGCGGCAGGUGUCUCCGAGGACUGUUGCCUGGCGUACCACCAGCUCCAGAGCCUGGACUUCCUGAAGCGUGCCCAGGGUUACCUGCGCCAGGACGUGAGCGGGAGCUGCAACCUGCCCGCUGUGAUAUUCUUCUUCCGGAAACACAAGAUGGUGUGUGGCAACCCUCGGGACAAGAGAAUAAAGUAUUGGAUGGACUUCCUGGAUGCUCGGAAGAAGCUGAUGCAUCACAAAAGUAACCUGAGAAGCUCCCACGCCUUCGGCUCUAGAGGUAGGAAGCUGAGCCUUGAACCGUCCAAUCUACCACUGUCCAAGCUGAGCAGCCCCACCAGAAGCAACAAGAUGAAAAUUGCCCGCCAGACAGCAGCUCGUCGAGGUCCGUGAGCCCGCACAUCUCCAGGAUCAGCCAGCAUGAGGAUGUGCUGGACCUCUCUCUGCCACAAACAUCCCCUGCGGCUCCAGGGGCACCAGCCUCUCUGUCAUUCAGGCCACAUCUCAGUGCCCGUGCCUGAGCCUGCCUUCGGCUCUCUCCCGUCACUCCUGUCCCAUCCUGCUCCUCGGGCAGUGGAAAGGAAAGAGCUGGCCUUGCUUCAAGCCCCUUGCCUGCUCCAGGAACCAGAGUCAACCGGAAGCAAGGGGACUUGUAUACAGUGGGUCAUCUGGAUAUGUCACCUGCCCGGGGCCACGCCUCCCUGGGUCCCUCCUGGUUCUUGCAAAGCUCCAGUCCAUCCUGGGAUGUUCCUCCCAGGCCAUGCUUUUCUAUAAUUUUUAAAUAAAUGUUAUUUAAAAUA